UCCUAUUUUGGAAUGGAACCAUCACAAGUGAAAAUUCUAAAGCAGCAUGUCUAGCUGACAACGAUGCAAGGCUUGCAUUAGAUCCAAAUGACAAGUACAAGAUCCAGACAAAGCCACAUGGGCAUGGAGAUGUUCAUUCUCUUCUUUAUUCAAGUGGAUUACUUGAGCAAUGGCAAUACCAUCGGCAUUAGGUGUCAGUGCCACCAAGGGCUACAAUGUUAAUUCUCUUGCAGUUCCUCGAAAGGCAAAGGAAGCCAUUGGUGGAAUAACCAAGCUUACUCAUGUUGAUGGUAGAACAAUGGUUAUCAAUGUUGAGUACAAUCAGCUUGAUCCACUCCUUCGUGCAACUGGGCAUCCUGAUGGAGAUGCAAAUUGUGAAACAGGCUAUUCUCCAUACCCUGGAAAUAUAAACCAGGCGGCUCCGGCGAGUCGGAUGGACUGCGGCGGUUGCUGAGCUUCUCCAUGGCGUGUUGCAGUGUCAAGGAGACACAACUUCGAAGGUGAGGAGGAGAUAUAUAGAAGAACAGAAGGAAGGGAGAGGAGGAAGGGCAGGGGCGUGGCGGCCUUGACGAGCAUUGUUGUGGUUAAUAUGAUAUUAAAUUUUUCCUUGUAUUAUGUUAUGUUUGAUUAGUAUAUACUGGCAUA